AUGCGGCAUACUCUCUUCGAAGUCUUUGGGUUGAAAUCCAAAUCCUGCAAAGUAUGGGAUAGUCAUUUCGCUGUUGGCUUGAGUUGCUUCGCCUUUGCCCCAAGUGCUGCUGCUUUCUGGGCUGUGUCUCUGUGUCUCUUCCAAUUUGCAGAUCUGGAGGAUCCUGGCGUUUGGAUCCAGGUGAUCCUGUAUGCUUUGCUGGGUGUCUUGUACACUCUGGUGGUCAUUACAUCAUACCUGGCGGACUAUCUCUUUAUCAAACGCGAACAGCGGUCCCUCUAUGGACGAGUUGACAUCGCCUUGGCUUCUGGCACCUUCUUUUUGUCCAUGUUUGACUACUUCCUCCGCGCAACGUUCCUGGAGACCCUAGUGCUGGUGUUGAUGGCCAUGUCCGCCUUUGCCUGGUCGGGGCGCUCUGAGUCCUUCGAUACCUGGGUGUGGCGCCACUGCUGCUGGCAUGUCAUUGGAGGUUCCAUCGCACUUUAUGGAGCUUUGAUGCAUUUGCCCAGCGCCAGUAGUAUCACCACUCCGUUGCCCCAAUAUCUUCUCCUGAUGGAAGGUCUUUACAUCGCGGCCAUCGCCACAUUCCUGGCGCUGCGGCAAAACCUGCAGCUGGAGCGAAAGGAGGAGCUUUGGGACAGUUGGGCUGUGUGUGCCAACUGGCAGCUUCACCCUAGCCUUGGUGAUGGACUACAAAGCCUGGAAGAAUCAGAUGGGGAAGACCCAGGUUGCUGCACCUUCACAAGGCUGUGGGCAUUUGGGAAAACACGGGGCCAUUGUUGGCCAAUCUCAUUGCAUGCAGGUCCUCUUCCCAAAGAGCCUUAA